GAACUUUGCAAGUUAGAUAAGCCAUGUUUUGUACGAAAUGAACCAUUUCCACAUAACACGCAUCGACGUAAGAAUGCUGAAGAAUAUCAUUAUACAUCUUCAAGCAGUUCUGUUGUUCACGACAAAUGUUGUUACUGGUUAUGGUCCGCUGUGCAUGAAGUGCCAGGAUGCAACUACAAUAGAAGAAUGCAGACAGCAAUAUACAGUUCCAUGUGGAGAUAGAGAUGAUUGCUUUUUGAGGAAAUAUACGACAGAUAAUGCAGAGAUCAGAUUUGAGGCAGGAUGUUUAGCAAAAUCGACAUGUUCCAUUCUGAAUUCAUUCCAUUCAGACAACCCUGUAGGUAAGCGAAAUGUAGAUCUACUGAGGACAAAGAAAGAAGUCACCAAUUGUUUUCAAUGUUGUAAUGGAUCUCUUGUACAUGGUGGUCCUUGUAAUUCCCAUCUCUGUGGCCAAGCACCUGGUCCAGAGUUAGUGACCUGUAAAAUGUGUCCCGGUGUUCAUGAUCACAUCGAAAGCUGCUCACAUGAAGACGUAUGUCCUCCAGGAGAGGCCUGCUACACAGGUAUUCGUAUUGUUGGCAGUGUCCCAAAAUAUGUUUUUGGAUGUGCCAAGAAACGAAUUUGUAGGUCAUUAGCUUCGGACAAUGUUAGAGAAACAAGAGAAAUACAUGGGGAUAUUGGUUUAAGUAUUUGCGAUGCCUGUUGUAUUGGAAUUAAUUGUAAUGAGGCGGAGUGUUUUGCUCUAAAGAACGUAAUGAAAUAUAGUGAUUACGUAGACAAUACAACAUCAACAACUUUUGGAUGACGUCAAUGGAGCAUUCAAAAUUUCAGUGGAUUGUGUCUAUGUUAUGUUAAUGAUUGACUGCACCAUAAGGCGUUCUUCAUGCAUUUCCAUUUUAAUC